AUGGCUGAAAUUGUUCUUCUUCUAGUCAUUGAAAAGAUGGUAAUCGCCUUAGCAAAUGGAGCAGCAAAUCAGGCGAGUGCUCAUUUUUCCAAGUAUGGGACCCAACUAAUAGAGCUACAGGGCAGCAUGGGCCGCGUUGUUAGGGAGCUUCGUAUAAUUCAUGAUGUUCUAUGUCAAAUGGACAUUCGAAACCGCCACAAUCAAGUGUAUGAGGGCUGGUUGGAUGAGGUGUGGAAGGUAGCACAUGCGAUGGAGGAUAUGGUGGAUGAGUACAUGUAUCAAGUUGGCCGGGAACAUGAUACUGGGUGUUGCUUCUACCUGAAGAAAGGGCUUAGAAAACCAAGAUCUCUGCUUUCCUUGAAUCAGAUAUCUUCCAAAGUGAAGGAAAUAGAGAAAGACCUUGCACACCUGUCAGAGAUGAAAUACCGAUGGGUUCCCAUGAUAAACAAUGAAGAUACUGGCAGCUUGAAUUACAUGGUCAAGAAGUCUCAAGAUCUAGCAAACAUCUCACGUUCCCUUGAUGACGAAGAUCUAGUUGGGGUGGAUGAAAAUAGAGGAAAACUUGAGCAAUGGUUGGGAAGUGACGAUGUGGAACGUUCCCUGAUAACACUGAUAGGAAUGGGUGGGCUGGGCAAAACAGCUUUAGCAUCAAAUGUCUAUAGGAAAGAGAGAGAGAAAUUUCAGUGCCAUGCAUGGGUCUCCAUCUCUCAAACUUAUUCUAGAGAAGAUGUCUUGAGGAAUAUAAUCAAGGAAUUAUUCAAAAAUGAAGUCAGUGGUCCAUCAAACAUUGCAGCGAUGGAUAUCACAAGCCUUGAAGAGACAUUGAAGAGGUAUCUAGGGCAAAUGAAGUAUUUGAUCAUAUUAGAUGAUGUUUGGACUCCAGAUGCAUUUGAAGACCUGUCUAGGUCACUUGUUUGUAAUGGUAAGGGAAGCAGAUUGAUAAUCACAACACGGCAGGGUGAUGUUGCCGCACUUGCUUCUCAAGGACACAUAUUAACACUUGAACCUUUACCAGAAGACAAGGCUUGGGAUCUUUUUUGUAAGAAAUCUUUUCCAAAAGAAACAAACCAUCACUGUCCUGAGGAGUUGAGGCUUUUGUCCGAGGAAAUACUUAGCAAGUGCAAAGGAUUGCCUCUUGCUAUUGUGUCAGUUGGCAGCCUCUUGCAUGUGCGUGAGAAAACCGUUGAAGAAUGGAAAAGAAUAAAUGACCAAUUGAGUUGGGAGAUACUUAAUAACUCAAGGCUCGACCACAUAAGGAAUGUGUUGCAUCUGAGCUAUAUCUACCUUCCAACAUACUUGAAGAGUUGUUUCCUGUACUGCAGCCUAUUUCCAGAAGACUAUCUUUUUCGCAGAAAAACUCUUGUACGGUUAUGGACGGCGGAGGGGUUCAUCGUGGAGAGGGGUGUAAGCACAUUAGAAGAAGUGGCAGAAGGUUAUCUGAAGGAGUUGGUUAACAGGAACAUGCUACAACUUGUUCGCAGGAAUGCAUUUGGUAGGAUGAAAAGAUUCAGAAUGCAUGAUAUCAUACGUGAAUUGGCAGUUGAUUUGUGCCAGAACUAUCGUUUUGGUGUUAAAUCUGAGGAUUAUAUAUGCGGGGGUACUCUUCAUAGGGAUGGACGGAGAUUGGUAGUGCACAAACUAAAGAAGGAUAUUCGUCAUUCAUUUUCUAGCAUACAUGAACUUCGAACUUUCAUUACACUGGACAAAAGCAUGCCGCCAUUAACCCUGCUACCUCUAAUAUCUGAGAAUUCAAGAUAUAUGACAGUGCUAGAAUUAACUGGCCUACCUAUUGAGAAGAUUCCCAAUGCUAUUGGUGAUCUUUUUAAUCUCCGCCAUUUGGGUUUGCGGGAUUCAAAAGUGAGGUAUCUCCCAAAAUCCAUCGAGAAGCUUUUGAAUCUGUUGACACUGGACCUCUGUAGAUCUGACAUACAUGAGUUGCCUAGAGGGAUUGUCAAGUUGAAGAAGCUUAGGCACUUGUUUGCUGAGAAAGAAACUGUGUCAGGACGAGACUUUCGACUUAGCAGUGGUGUAUGCAUCCCCAUUGGGCUUGGGAACCUAACAAACCUGCAGACUCUACAAGCGUUGGAAGUGCAAGAUGAAUCCAUUAAGCAACUAGCGGAGCUAAGGCAACUCAGAAGCUUGAAGAUAUGCAAUGUGAAGGGAAUCUACUGUGAACACCUCCACGAGUCUCUGGUGCAGAUGCCAUUUUUGUCCUACCUAUAUGUGGGUGCAAGUGACAAGAAUGAAGUUCUCAUGUUGAACACCCUCCCGACUAGCCUGCAAAAGUUAAGGUUGAACGGAAGAUUGCCGGAAGGGACACUUUCGAGGGGGUCUACUCUCUUUCAAGGUGUGGAGCAGAACAUGUAUUCACUACGCCUGUCUUGGUCGCAGUUGAGAGAAGACCCUUUGCCAUCCCUUUCCCAGUUGGUGAAUUUGACAGUUCUUCACUUCUUUAGAGCAUACAAUGGAGAGAAGCUGACGUUUCUCACGGGAUGGUUUCCCAACCUGAAGCAUCUCUCUCUAAGAGACAUGCCUAACCUGAAGCGACUAGAGAUAAAGCUAGGUGCCAUGGCGACCCUGGAAUCAUUUACGUUAGGCAGCCUAAACAGCAUGGCGGAGGUCCCACCUGGCCUUGAGUUUCUCAUGCCCCUCCAGUAUCUAGGCUUCUUCCAAAUUACUCGCGACUUCCUCAAGUUGUUGUACCAAUGUCCUCAACUUGCUUGUACGCAAUGGCAACACACUCUCCGCGACGACGACGACGAUGAUGACCGGUGA